AUGGAUACAGACAUUGGAGAUGUGACCAAAGUCUGUGAUGCCUGCCAGCUGAAUCAACCAGCUGCGCCGAAGGUGGCAUCCCAACCAUGGCAGUACCCAGACGCUCCGUGGCAGCGAGUCCACGUGGACUAUGCUGGUCCUGUAGAAGGGAAGAUGCUCCUCAUCAUAGUAGACGCAUACAGCAAGUGGCCUGACGUCUGGAUCACCAACAACGUCAGCGCUCAAACAACCAUCGAUCAUCUCCGCAUGACGUUUGCCACGCACGGUCUUCCAGAAGUGAUCGUGAGUGACAACGGUGGCUGCUUCACCAGCAAGGAGUUCGGCGAGUUCAUGAGCGCCAAUCAGAUCCGCCACGUCUUCACUCCACCGCUGCACCCGGCAUCAAAUGGCCAAGCCGAGAGCAUGGUCAAGCUGGUGAAGAACGGCAUCAAGAAGCAGAAACCAGCACCGCUGCUCACGAAGCUCCAAAGAUGGCUGUUCCAGUACAGGAACACACCGCACACGACAACAGGGAAAGCUCCGGCCGAGAUGCUUUUCCGUCGUGCUCCUCGGACGCAUCUCAACCGGCUGCAUCCGUUGGAGGAAAGGAGAAGCCGCAGUAGUGUCGAAACGGGCACUGUCAUCCGAGCCUUCCGAACUGGAGAUCCAGUCUACAUCACUGAAGUAACAGCCUCCGAGUACAGAUGGCUCCCAGGCACGGUUCUCGAGACAUGCGGACCGACCUGUACGGUUCUUCUCCAAGAUGGCCGCAAGUUCCGCCGACAUGAGGAUCACAUCCGGCCGCGAUACACGUCUGGUGAUACCGGACUGUUCAGGGAGGAAGGACGUUCUCAAAGCGACUGCCUCUUCCAGCCGCCUGCAGCUGAGCCCGGACCUGCAGCGCCCCGAUCAGCGCCUGUCACUCUGCCAGAAACGCUUCCGGCUCAACCGGCAGCGCCUCCAGCGUCAUCAACUACAGCACAGCCAGUGACGCUUCCUCCGGCCGCUGAGCCAGAGAUCGCUCCGGCGCCCGCGAGCGGACACCAGCUCGCUGGACUACCCAGCCCCGUGGCGAACUCUCGUCCGGCGCGUAACCGGCGUCCACCCGAUCGCCUGAACUUGUAA